CGGAGCGGGCCGUGUAGAGCCAGCCGUGGCCCGGGGCGGCGGGCGGCAGUCGGAGCCCCGCGGCGCGAUGGGGCGGCGGGCGCGCCUCGGGCUGCUGCUGUGCCUGGCGGCGCUCUGGGCCGGAGGGCUGGCCGCGGCCGAUGAAGAUGGAAAUCAAGAUGAAUCGCUGGAGUCAAAGACUUUAUCUGCAGAGGACCAGGUAAAGGACCAUUCCACAGGAACUCGAGUAGUAGCAGGUCAGAUCUUCCUUGAAUCGGGGAAAUCGGACUCAGAGUCAGAGGAUGAGGAGAACUUUCACAAUCAAGAGGAGGAAAAAGAGAGUUCACUGGAAGAGUUGAACUCUCUAGAAAUGUCAAAUCUAUUAAACAAGGAUUUGGAAGAAGCGGAGAUAGAAAGUCCAGUUUUGACAGCUAUUGGAGGCACUGCAGAUGGGGAACCUUGCCACUUCCCAUUUUUGUUUAUGGAGAAGGAGUAUGCAGAGUGUACUGCAGAUGGAAGGGAGGAUGGCAGGCUUUGGUGUGCAACAUCCUACGAUUACAAGAAAGAUCAGAAGUGGGGCUUCUGUGAAACUGAAGAGCAGUCUAAUAAGAGAAGGCAGAUGCAAGAAGCUGAGGAUGUUUAUCAGACUGGAAUGAAAAUCCUUAAUGAAAGCAGUAAAAAGGCUCAGAAGAAAGAAGCAUAUCAAUAUCUUCUGAAAGCAGCUGACAUGAAUCACACCAAGGCAAUGGAGAAAGUUUCUUAUGCGUUGUUGUUUGGAGAUUACCUGAAGCAGAACAUCCAGUCAUCAAAAGAACUAUUUGAAAAGCUAGCAGAAGAAGGUUCUCCUAAGGGGCAAAUGGCUCUUGGAUUUCUAUAUGCAUCUGGUCUAGGAGUCAAUUCUAAUCAAGCUAAGGCCCUGGUGUAUUACACUUUUGGAGCUUUAGGAGGAAAUCUGAUUGCCCAUAUGAUCUUGGGUUACCGAUACUGGGCUGGGAUAGGAGUCCUUCAAAGUUGUGAAUCUGCUCUCACUCACUACCGACUUGUUGCUAAUCACGUUGCUAGUGACAUUUCUUUGACUGGAGGCACAGUGGUUCAGCGAAUUCGCUUAGCAGAUGAAGUAGAAAAUCCAGGAAUGGCAAGUGGGAUGCUAGAAGAAGACUUGAUUCAGUAUUAUCAGUUUUUAGCGGAGAAAGGAGAUGUACAAGCACAGGUUGGCCUUGGACAGUUGCACUUGCAUGGAGGAAGAGGUGUGGAGCAAAAUCAUCAGCGAGCAUUUGAGUACUUCAAUCAAGCAGCUAAUGCUGGCAAUUCACAUGCCAUGGCUUUUCUAGGAAAGAUGUACUCAGAAGGAAGCGAUGUUGUACCACAGAGCAAUGAAACAGCUCUUCAGUAUUAGAAAGCUGCUGAUAUGGGUAAUCCGGUUGGACAGAGUGGAUUAGGAAUGGCUUACCUCUACGGAAGAGGUGUUCCAGUGAAUUAUGAGCUAGCACUGAAGUAUUUCCAGAAGGCUGCAGAACAAGGAUGGGUUGAUGGACAACUUCAGCUAGGUUCCAUGUAUUACAAUGGCAUUGGAGUUAAGAGAGACUAUAAACAAGCUUUGAAAUAUUUUAACUUGGCCUCCCAGGGUGGCCACAUUCUGGCUUUUUAUAAUCUGGCUCAGAUGCAUGCCACCGGGACUGGAGUAAUGCUCUGUCAUACUGCUGUUGAGUUGUUUAAGAAUGUAUGUGAACGGGGGCGUUGGUCAGAAAGGCUGAUGACUGCCUACAACAGCUAUAAAGAUGGUGAUUCAAAUUCUGCUGUGGUUCAAUAUCUUCUUCUGGCAGAGCAAGGCUACGAGGUUGCUCAAAGCAAUGCUGCAUUCAUACUGGAUCAGAAAGAAGCUAGCAUAGUAGGAGAAAAUGAAACCUAUCCUAGAGCUUUGCUUCACUGGAACUAGAGCAGCUCUCAAGGAUAUACUGUUGCAAGAAUUAAACUUGGAGAUUACCAUUUUUAUGGGUUUGGUACUGAUGUUGAUUAUGAAACUGCAUUCUAUCACUAUCGACUGACAUCAGAGCAACAGCACAGUGCCCAAGCGAUGUUUAAUCUGGGCUACAUGCAUGAGAAGGUGGGCAUCAAGCAGGAUAUUCAUCUUGCAAAGCGAUUCUAUGACAUGGCAGCUGAAGCAAGCCCAGAUGCUCAGGUUCCAGUCUUCCUAGCACUUUGCAAGCUUGGAGUGAUUUAUUCCUUGCAGUAUGUACGAGAAAUCAAUAUAAGGGAGGUAUUCUCACAUAUUGAUAUGGACCAGCUGCUGGGGCCUGAGUGGGACCUUUACCUUAUGACCAUCAUCGCCUUGCUUCUGGGAACAAUUAUAGCUUACAGACAGAGGCAACAUCAGGCAAUUCCCAGACCAGCAGGACUGCGGCCAGCUGUGCCUCAACAAGAACCACCACCAGAGCAUCAACCACCGCAAUAGCAACAAGAGCCUCCGUGAAAGAACUGGAUUUUUCCCAAAGGAACAAUUUUCAUUGUGAUUUAGGACUUUGGAUCAACAGUCCCUCCCCCAAAAAGAGUGCAAGGAGUUUAAAAAGAAAUUAAUUCUGAAAGCUGCUUAGAAUGAUGCCUUUUUCAGGGAUAAGAAUUCUUUUGAAACUGAUUUGAAUGUUAUUCAGUGCCAAUGGAAUAACACUAUGGCUUUUUUCAUGGAAACACAAGAAUGCUACUACAAAAAUGUUGCCUGCUGUAUCUAGUUCGUCUUUAUUCAGAGUCCUUUUCAUCUCCUAGAGAGCAGAAUGCUAGCAUUGGAAGGUUUUUGCCUGCUUGAUAUAGCAGUUACCCUAUAUAGAAGUAUUAAUUUUAUGGCCAAUUUAAGCCCAAGAAGCUGAACUAUAGUCAAACUCUAAAAAGAUUAGAGCUGUAUGAACUUUUGUUCUGACCUGCAUCCCAGGUAUUUCUACAGUCCUUAUUUCAUUCUUACACUUUGGUCUUUUAUGCUCUAUUGGGUGGUUUAACAUGGAUUAUUUUAAACUCUGUAAAAGUAAGCCAGCAAACAUGCUAUUCCCCACUUGUGCUUUUUUUGUUUUGAGUAGUCUCCACUCCCCUUAGACUAGACAGUUUUCAGCAGACAGUGUGUAGCCCAAGAGGGGGAUUGGGACAGAUUGGAUUGGUAAACCUCAUCAGUUGGAAACUAUCCACACAGUGCCCGGAUGCCAAAUCUUUCUAAGAUUUUUUUUUGGAGCCUGUGUACUUCGCAAUACUUUAACAUAAAAACAAUUGGUAAUAUUCAUGGGACAGCAAGAUGGUGACCGGGGGGGUAAACCCCCUCCCACAGCAGAGGAGGGGUAAACCCCCUCCCACAGGUUCACAAACACCUGAGGAACCUGAACAUAUGUAAGUCCAUGGGACCUGAUGAGUUGCAUCCCAGAGUCCUGAGGGAAUUGGCAGAUGUGGUUGCCAAGCCACUCUCCAUGAUAUUUGAAAAGUCGUGGCAAUCAGGAGAAGGCCCUGGUGACCAGAAGAAGGGUAACAUUGUGCCCAUUCUUAAGAAGGGUACAAAGGACAACCCUGAGAACUACCGACCUCUCAGCCUCACUUCUGUGCCUGGGAAGAUCAUGGAACAGAUCCUCCUAGAAGCUGUGCUGAAGCACAUGGAGGGCAGGGAGGUGAUUAGUGACAGCCAACAUGGCUUCACCAGGGGCAAAUCCUGUAUGACCAACUUAGUGGCUUUGUAUGAUGGGGUAACUGCAGCAGUGGACAUGGGUAAACCGACGGAUGUGAUCUAUCUGGAUUUCUGUAAAGCCUUUGAUAUGGUCCCCCACAACAUCCUUCUCUCUAAAUUGGAGGGAUGGAUUCGAUGGGUGGACAGUACGGUGGAUAAGAAACUGGUUGGGUGGCUGUAUUCAGAGAGUAGUGGUUAAUGGCUCAAAGUCCAGAUGGAGAUCUGUGAUGAGUGGUGUCCCUCGGGGCCUGUUCAGUAUCUUUAUCAAUGAUAUUGACAGCAUGAUUGAGUGCACCCUCAGCAAGUUUGCAGAUGACACCAAGAUAAGUAGUGUGGUUGACACACUGGAAGGAUGGGAAGUCAUCCACAGGGACCUGGACAGGCUGGAGAAGUGGGGCUAUGAGAACCUCAUGAAGUUCAACAAGGCCAAGUGUAAGGUCCUGCACCUGGGUCGGGGCAAUUCCUGUUUUCAGUACAUAAUGGGGGAUGAUGUGAUUGGGAGCAGCCCUGCAGAGAAGGAUUUGGGGGUGCUGGUUGAUGAGAAGCUCGACAUGAGCCGGCAAUGUGCGCUCGCAGCCCGGAAGGCUAACCGUAUCCUGGGCUGCCUCAAAAGAAGAGUGGCCAGCAGGUCAAGGGAGGUGAUUUUGCCCCUCUAUUCCUCUCUUGUUAGACCUCAUCUGGACUAUUGUGUCCAGUUCUGGAAUCCUCAACAUAAGAAGGACAUGGAGCUGUUGGAACAGGUCCAGAGGAGGGCUACAAAGGUGGUCAGAGGGCUGGAGCACCUCUGCUAUGAGGACAGGCUGAGAGAGUUGGGCUUGUUCAGCCUGGAGAAGGGAAGGCUCAGAGGAGAUCUUAUAGUGACCUUCCAGUACCUGAGGGGGGCUACAGGAAAGCUGGAGAGGAACUAUUCAUAAGGGCUUGUGGGGAUAGGAUGAGGAGGAGCGGAUAUAAACUGGAGAGGGGCAGAUUUAGACUGGACAUUAGGAAGAAUUUCCUCACGAUGAGAGUGGUGAGACACUGGAACAGGUUGCCCAGGGAGGGUUGUGGCUGCCCCAUAUCUGGAGGUGUUCAAGGCCAGGCUGGAUGGGGUCUUGGGCAGCCUGAUUUAGUGGGAUGUCCCUGCCCACGGCAGGGAGUUGGAACUAGAUCAUUCUUCCAACCCCAACUAUUCUAUGAUUCUGUGAUUCGUAAGUUAUUUAAACUUGCUGUUAAAAAGAGGCUGAGCCUAGAUUGCAGAAAGCAUCAGUAUUACUGUGGACACCGAAGAAAGGAAAGAGACAGAAAUCUCACUAAGUUAGCUUACUUUUUUAUUUGUUUGGUUUUCAGGUGAAAGUUCUGUAUUUAAUUUUCAACAAUCCUGUAAGCGAUCUGCACUGCAAGAAGGGAACUUAAGUGGCAUCUCAUGCAUGCGUCUGUUUAAUGCAUCUACAAAAAAGCACCCCAAAUAUGUGUACUCUUUAAGGAAAAAAAAAAAGGUAUAGGCUUAUGCCAGUGAUACAACUCCAAAGUUUGGCUGGCUGAUAAAGAGUCUAUGUUACAUUACAGCUGUGCUCUGCCUGUCACCAGCCUCUCCAGCACCUGGUAUAGAUGAGAAAGUAAAAAGAAUAUCUCUGGCUGUGCCAUCUUGAGAAUCCCUUGUAAGAAGAAAAUGCAAAGAGAAAGAAGACUAAUAGUUUAUGUCUGCUUGAUACCACCAGGUCAGUGCAAAGGCCUUUUAAUGAGAGUAAAUAUUACGACCUGUGGACUGAUGCUUUUAAACUGCAAGAGGAAUCUUCACUUAGUAACAAUUUAUAUUGAACUAUAAUUUCAGGGUUUGGGAGUGGGAAGCAGUGGGGGAAUAGGUUACAGGCAGGGAAUGCAUAAGUUUCUGUUCUCAUUUACCAGUUGCAGUUAAAUAUUUGUUUCUGUUCUAGCAUUAAACCCUCUGGAUAUAAUGUCUUAAAGCUGAAUGAAAUAUGGCUUUAGCUGCAUUUUGACAAAAGUUGUUGUGUUUAAAGGAUUAAGGGCUUCCUUUCAUGCAAAUAUAUUUCCAGAGGUUUGGCAGCAACAUAUCAAUGUUUUAUUUAGAAUUGAGAUUUUGGUAUGGUUUCCUACUUAGUACAUUUGUAAGGAGACCAACAGAUCUGUAGUUUGGGAGAUGUCCACUCUUCUGUAAACUGAGAUGUAAUGGAUGACUAGUAUUAAAAUAUAGGUAGAACUUCUCAGUAAUUCAAAAUGCUUAUGCUGUUUAUGUGAAGACAAAUCUCUUGUUUUAGUUUGAAGGGUUGCACCAUAUGGUAGAGGAAUGUUUUGUUCAGUCUUAAUCAUUAUUAGCAGAUGGAACAGUAUUGAACUUAAAUGUAGCGUCUAAAAUGUACAGCACUCCUCAGCUGCAUUUCUAAGAUAUCUGUGACUUCUGAACACUCCCUCUGAAAUAUUUUUGCCUCUGUCACUUAAUAGGUCUUUUUAGCUUGGCAUGAAUAAAUUAAAGAUUAUCCGGAAAAUGCUUUUCAGUUAAAUACCAUUGGUUCAUUGGUAUUGGUCUCUUAGAGUGUUUAAAAAAUUUGUUACUACAUUAUUGAAAUGGUUUUUAGUUGUCUAAUCUACUAGAAGUAAAUUCUAAAAGGUCUGUCCUAUUUGCAUGAGAAUGUCUAAUUGCUGCUGUGUGACAGUCUUACAGCUGACUUUCACUGAACCUGAUGCAUUUUUUUUGUAUCCAAGAAAAGUGGCUGAAGAUCAGCAAGUUAUUUCACUUCAAAGAACUGCUUUUUGAAGAAGCAAUAAGGGAAGUCUUUCUCCUGCUUUUUUCCCUUCCACCAAAUUACUACCAGUAACUUUUGCAGAUGACAUUCAGUUGAGUGAAGUGGUAAUAGUAAAAAGGUACUUGCCAUAAGUAAUGGCGAGUUAACUCAGGGAUUAAAGAAAUGAGUAAGUUUUCUAAAUCAGUUGUCUACAACAUGACUUCAUUUUUUUGUGACAAUCCCUUGCCACUCUGUUCUGAAACUUGCGUUUUGAGGGAGUUGUAUUUAACUCUUUGCUAGCAAUAUGCUUCUUGUUGUGCACUCAGUUUAUCAAGGAACUUUUUUUCCUAGAGGAGCUGGGUUGCUCAGUUUACUGCAGUGAAGUACUAUUCCCUUUUAGUAGCACACAGGUUGUCUUACAGUUUAUAUGCAGGAGUAUUUUGGAAGGGGAACUUCAUUUGAAACCUGUCUGGGUAAUGUUCAGCAUACUUUGAAUGGAAAAAUUGUAUUUUUUGUCUGUAGUAAAAUAGGCCAGAGCUUGCCUAUUCGACCUUCCUGGAUACAUGCUAUUUUCUCUCUGCAUGGGGAAUGGAACUAAGGAAUAGUAACUGUUAGUGGUGGGAGUUUGCUGUGUGGGAAAGCUGUGGAAACAUAUGUGGGAAGCCAUUGUUCUGCAUCUCAAAUUAUUAAUCGAAAUACACUAGCUGCUCUUGCUGGCUGAAAGAAAUGUGAAACUGUGGGAAAAUAGGCUUCUAGUUCUGGUGAAACUUGUCCCAGAGCUGUUGUUGAAAUAAUUUUUCUUACGUUACAUUGUCCGUUAUGGGAUAAAUGUAAUAGAAGAUAAGGCCUUUGAUAAAAACAUCCCAAUAAGACUCUUACAAGACAGCUUUCACUCAGUUUUUAGUCAUCUUUCCGUAAGUCAGCUGUUAUUAUUAAAGUUUAAAAAAAAAACCUAUCAAAUGUUAUCUUUUAGAGAAGAACAUUAAAACAUGGAUUGUGAAAGGACUUUUAAGACUAUGCAUUAUAACUAGUUUCCACCUAUUAUAUCCUACUUUGGCCUGUAAAAGGGGACAACACCUUUGCAAGUUUGCUUCUUUUUAGAUAGGCAACAAUGAACUGAAAUUCUAUUUUUGCUUCAGAGAAUAUUAAACUAAAAAGAUUUAGUUUGAUUUGAGCUACGGCAAAUGCAUAUGGCAAAUAGGGACCUGUUGGGGGGGAAAAAGCCUUUGUUUUUAUCAGCUGCAGUUCCUUAAAGGGUCUUGUUAGGAGUUUUGUAAUUUAUUUUGUAUUUAAAAUCAGUAUAAAAGGCUGGUCAAAUGUAAUAUAAUUGUAAACAAAUUCUGUUAAUAGAAAGAUGUACAGAUUUCAUUUGUACUGUAUCUUUAAUCUUGUGAAAUAAAGUUACCACCUGUGGUGUUACCCUCAGUGUUA